AUGUCCAAAGUGAAUUUACAACUUCGCGAUGCCGUUCUCCAAGCCGCUUGUCGACGGUCUGAGGGGCAGAACCAACUCUCCUCCCUCGUUACCAGAGACGAUCCAGGUUUCACUGACUUCGACAAGGGGUACAAGAUGCGCACUGAAGUCCGUCGGAUGAUAGAUGUUGGGAUCCUUGGAAUGGUUAAUGACCACGAGGCUUCGAAGGAAGGUGUUGCCAGUCUGAAGACUCUUCUUAAGCUGGCUAACAAUAUCAUCGUCCAUCCAGAAGAAGAGAAGUUCAGGCGGUUCAAGAUUAAUAACCCUAGGAUUAAGAAGGAGAUUAUGGAUCCAAAGGGUGUGCUUGAGUUUGCCAUCAAGAUGGGAUUUCGACAGGAAAAAGUCAUCGAACUGGAAACAUACCGGAUAUUCAUGCCCAAAUAUCAUGAUGACCUUGUUCUAUGCGCAAGCCUUCUUGAAAAAGCGAUAGAUAGAGAACAUCUAAGGGUAGACGAGCGGCUGAAAUUAGCCAGAGAAAAUGAAGAGAAAGAGGAACAUUGGACGAUUGCAAUGAAGCGGUUUGGGGAUGAUAGGAAGAGGAAGGAAGAGGCUGACAAGCGUGAGAGGGAUGCGAGACAACGUUCUAACGUUGCGACAGCCGAGUCAGGUAGCAACGAGGAGCAGGAGACCGAGUCGACCGUUAACUGCUUACCCAUCGAGAAUAUAACGUUGAGCGGCAACCAAGAUGACGAGAAGUCAAAAAGAAAUAACGGGGAAGAGGUCGAACAGGCAGUUCGUGCGGUGCCUACAGCCUAUAUAAAAGCUUUCGGGUUCGAAAGCAGACGGUACAUGAAAGGGAAUAUUCCCUUCGACUGUGCGCAAAGCACAGCGAAGACGCCAAUUGUGAAGAGAUAUGACCCAAUGUACGAGCUUGGAGGACCCAUUCUGGAUGAAAGCGUAGUAUUCGACGCGAACAUGGUGGAGCAAUGA